AUGAGUGACAUUGUUUCGAAAACAGCUGCAGCUACAGGUGUUCGACGUUCUUCAGUGUAUCGUGUGAUAAGUGAGUACAAAGCCACACACUCUUUGAAGUCUCCCAAGAAAGGAAAAUUACCACAGAAACUUUCUGAAAGUGUUGAUGACUUCGAUAGAAAUGCGAUACGAAGGAAAGUACACGAUUUUUUUUUUCGUAACGAAUUACCAACAAUUAAGAAAGUGCUUACAGUCGUGAACGAAGAUGCAGAUCUGAGAAAAUUUCGGAGAGCUACAUUUUAUAAGUUAUUGAGAGAAAUGAAUUUCAAAUAUGUCCGGCGUGGGCGCGAUAGCUUGCUAAUAGACAGGGAUGACAUCAUUUUAUGGAGAUGGCGUAAUCUUCGAGCCAUUAAACGGUUGAGAGAUGAAGGCAGACCCAUUUACUAUUUGGAAGAGACGUGGGUGAACGCACGACAUACCCGAAGUUACGUCUGGGUAGAUGACACUAUAAAUUCCUCAAAACAAGCGUUUCUGUCUGGAUUAUCCACCGGAAGCAAGGAACCAUCAGGUAAAGGGAAACGUCUGAUUAUCGCAUACAUUGGCAGCAAACCAGGGUUCGCUGAAGGAUGUUAG